GAAAUGAUGAUAAAUUAACAAACACUUGGAGGAACUGGCCCAAAGCUAAUUGUUAAGUGAUUGGAAUACUAAUUCAAGGGCCACUUUCACACUGAUUGUCAUCCGGAUUAAUGCAUCAUUGUCUCCGUGAGAAAUCGAAUAGAGAUGCUGUAUCAAAUCGUACUAUUUACAUUACUUUUACCUUAAAUCUAAAUAACUGAGUUAAGAAGCAAUCACCUAUCAACAAAGAACAUGGCAUUACACGAUGGAUCAAAAAAAUAUGAUUACAUUCUUAGAAUAUAUACGUCAUAGCAACGCAUGAGUUGAGUCCUUAAUUGUGAAGAUGACAUUUAAGGUUAACAGAAAAUUGAGGAUCUUACAUGGGAAACAGCGAGCUAUCAAGUUGUGCGUAUGGACCUUGAGUUAAAGUAUUCAGAAAAAAUAACAUCCUGAUUUCUUUUUCAGGUGAUCUUGAGGUGUUGAGGCUAUGAUCGUGGUGUCACAACUGAAUGCGGAAGGACCAUCGGGGACAGAGGAAACGGAAGCCGGUAUGGGAAACUACACCUAUGAGCAGAUAUUCAAUGAAAGUGGAACGGAUAAUGCAACAGCUAAACCACAUUACAAUUUCUUUGUACAGUCUCAAUUCAUCACAGCUCUUAUAUGUUUACCUAUAAUUUGUACUUUCGGAAUUAUCGGAAACAUUCUCAGUUUGAUCGUGCUUCAACAAAAGAAAAUGUCCAGCUCGACAAAUACAUUUCUUUCAGCCAUGGCGAUAGCUGAUUUAAUUAAAUUGAUAAAUGAUGAGAUAUAUUUCGUGGUGAUAUUGAUGCAGCGCUAUAAUCCCGAGAUGAGCCAAACAGGAUUUGUACACAUAUAUCCCUACUCCCAUUAUGUUUUCAAUGGUGCAAUGUUGAUUACAUCUUGGUUAACUGUUAGUGUUGCAGUGGAACGCUACAUCUCAGUGUGUCAUCCACAUCUUGCCAAAAGCAUGUGCACUAUACCCCGGGCCAGGCUAGUAAGCUCUUGUGUUGCACUUGGCAUGUCAAUAAUAGCACUGCCAUCUGCCUUCAAAUACCACACAGUCGUCUCUAAGCCAUUGGAUAAUACAAGCGAGGGGGUAGUUAAUAUGACAAUAGAACUGACAUCAUUUGGAAAAGACGAACACGUUAUGAACAUAUACACAUGGAUUCAGACUCUACUGCGCUCCAUUAUUCCGUUAUUUGUGCUUGUAUUCAUUAAUGCUUCAAUAAUACGUUCCCUCGGGAGAUCGAAAAUUCAGGGAGCCGCUAGUGCUGCCAGAUAUAGGAUCACUGUCAUGUUGGUCGCCAUUAUCGUCGUCUUCCUUAUUUGUAUCACUCCUGACGCCAUCAUGUCAACCUUUCUCGGCCUUGGUUACUACGAGGCUAACUAUCUGGUGCGUGGUAUCAGGGAAUUCACUGACUUGCUGCUUGCCAUCAACUCCGCUGUUAAUUUUGUACUCUAUUGCACAUUUAGUAAAGUUUUUAGAGAAACGUUUAUGACGUUCUUUUGCAACUACCACAUUAUAAGUAACCAGUCUACGGUAUCAAGAACUGGUAAUGGUUUUCCCGAUGCUAAACAUGAUCGCCAUGAGAGCCCAUCAAGGAGGGAACAAUUGCACACUGGAGAAACCGGAUCAAACCAGUUGACUCAACCACUGUUCAAUGGUCAUGUGACAAAGGCAAACAAAACAAUAUAUCUGACAGAUUGUCCACAGGAGUUCGUCUAGACUGAUUAACAUUUGUACCAAGGUUAAGACACAAUCUCCUCUAAAUCCCGAUAAUAUAUCUUCACAUCUAAAAGCGAUCUGCAUUCCUGCGAAACCAUUGUAUGGCAUCUCAUCAAUUAAGAGUUUUCCAAUGAUGGUACUGUUUUGACUGUGGGGCCAUUUGGAUGUGUCAUGUCGACUUCCCUACAUUAGCGCCGAUGUAUCUUUGGUUUAACAUCGAAAAGUAUUAGU